AUGAUUAUAUGUCAAGUAAGAUCCACACUAUUCCCCAGAGAUUGGACUGACGAUAUCAAAACCACAGGUAAAAGUUUCCGUAAUUGGGAUUCAUGUAUGAACGACAAACCAUGUAAAAUCAUAGCCAUCGUUGGGAUUUGUCUCGCUGUAGUAGUGGGACUUUGGUUAAUUGGGGCUCUUUUAACUUGUUGUAGACAGGGUGUAAGUGGUAUCAGUGAAUUUAUAUGUUGGUGUUGUGCAUCUGGUAAUAGAAAUAGAAAUAAUAAUGUUACCAAUGAUGGAUAUGCUAGAAACUCAAGGGUUAAUAAUAUUCCCGUGAUGCCUGCUAUGGCUGGUCAUCAUCCUUCUACUGUCAUUUAUCAACCAGUACAACAACCACAAACUGCUGCAACAUAUUAUAAUAAUAAGAGAGGAAAUGCUAAACAAAAUACAAAUAGUUAUUAUGAUGAGUUUGGAAGAUCUAAUAAUGAUGAAGUAUUUGAAUUGGAAGAGGAUUUCGAUCUAGAAAAACAAAAGGAAUUAUCUAACAAGAGGAAAGCAAGUAGUAAAAGCAAGCCGAAAAGGAAUAGUUCUUUCAUGAGUCGUUUCACAAGUAGUGGAAAUCAUAACACUACUCCUACUGCAACUGUUUCUCAGCCAUAUCCAAAGAAUGAUUACUAUAGUGGAGCAACGGAAUCUUCACCUUAUACCAAUACUGGGAAUUUUUAUUAA